UCCCCCAAAACUAUGGAUAAGCAUGCAUGACAGACAGACCGUUAUUUUAGGUUAUUGUGAUAAUAAUGUGACUGGUUUUCCACAGCAACCAAACUGUUUAUUCUAUUUAUAGACAAACGAGUUCCACCACCCAAAACAUCUUCACUCGCUUCCCAUGCAAUGCAUUGCAAUGCAGAGGAAAGUCAAGAAAAAAGACAGAAAGGUCAUGAUCUGUUUCUCCUCUGAAUAAGAUCCCGAUCUUUCUUUCCCCCACUUUGUUCUUCACAUACAAAGUUUGGUGGUUUCUCAAUCCUUUGCAUUCUGCUUUUAAUUGCAGGCUCUUCAAAGGAAAAAAAAAAAAAAAACAGAUAAGUAGAUAGAUAGAUAAAUAAAUAUAAAAAAAGAAGGAAAACCAAACAUGGCUACCGGAUCAUUAAUUCGUUUUGUGGAGCAUCAACUGGGAAGGAUUCCACACUUCUUGUUGUGCAUGGUGCUUGAAUGGGUGUUGAUAAUUGUGCUUUUCCUUGAUGGGUUUCUUGCGUUUUUCGCCAUUGAGUUGGCCAAGUAUUUUGAAUUGGAAAUCCCGUGCUGGCUUUGCGCGAGGAUGAAUCAUGUUCUGGCCUGCAAAACUCCUAAUUUCUAUUACAACAACUCCAUAUGUGAGGCUCACAAGAAAGAUGUUUCUUCAUUGGCUUUCUGUCACAAUCACAAGAAGCUAUCUGAGAUAAGUAAGCUGUGUGACGCGUGCCUACUUUCGUUCGCAACCGGGAAGGAAUCAGAUUGUGAUACCUAUAAGUCCCUUGUGGGGGUUCUGAAUAAAAAUCUGGAGUGCUCUGUGGAUAAUGGCCAGAAUGUUCAAUUGAGCUUGAAGGAUGAUGGGGUCUUACAAGCUGAGAAAAACAGUGCUCAGAGGUGUUCAUGCUGUGGAGCACCAUUGAAAAUCAAGGCUUUCCUUUCACGAGCUCCCACUGCUUCACCAAGAGCUUAUCCAUGCUUGACACCUAAACAUGAGGAAUCUCGUAGUCUCGAAUGUCCUCUCCUUCGGUAUUCGAAACUCAAGUCCAUGUCUCAAAUUGAUUUAGAGCUUCCACAGAACAAGGAAGGUGAAAAAGAAGUUAAUCAGAAUAAUACAUUAAGGGAAGAAGACAAAGGUGCCUCUUUGCCUCUAUUGACACAAGCCGAGGAUUCAAACAUUGAAUCUCCAAAAACCCCACUUCCAUGGAGAAAUAGGUUCUUUGGAAUCCCACCUGCAGAUUCUCCAAACAGCAGUCCAAGAUGGUCUAGCGGGCUUAGCAAGAAAUCAUCACUGGGAAAGACAGAAUUUGCCUCUGACUCUAACGAGGUAAAUGGUGUAGAUGAAGCAGAUGACGUUAACAAUUUGAAGAGGCAAGUGCAUUUGGAUCGCAAGUCGCUCAUGGCUCUGUACAUGGAGUUGGACGAAGAAAGAAGUGCUUCAGCUGUUGCUGCCAACAAUGCAAUGGCCAUGAUCACGCGCUUACAGGAAGAGAAGGCAGCUUUACAGAUGGAUGCUUUGCAGUAUCAGAGAAUGAUGGAAGAGCAGAUUGAGUAUGAUGAAGAAGCCUUGCAAGAAUAUAAUGACAUGAUUCUCAAACUUGAGGAAGAAACAAAAAAUUUGGAAACAGAAUUGGGGAUCUACAGAGAAAAAUAUGGAUGCCUUACAGAAGAUGAUUUCAACGAAGCUCACUCAUCCCAUGGGGGCAAUGAAGAUAAUGAAGAAAAAGACCUCAGCCUUCAUCAAGCUGUCUCAUCAAAGGCAGAGAACGGAGGGGGAAAGCUCAAUGAGUCGCUAAAAGAUUUUAGAAUGGAGAAAACAUAUGUUCUUGGCCGGAUGAAGAAAUCGGAAAGCAGAACUCUCUUGGCAGAGAGUGGAAUAUGAGGCACUUGAAUUGAAAUGUUGUCCUUUGAGGUGAACAAUGCAUGAUCACCUUCUUUGAUCUCUUUACUUCUGCAUAUUACUAGGCUUGUAGUAUUCUUCAAUAGGAUAAUUUAGGCAUUACUGUCUAAGGUCUGAAUGUUUAUAUGAUUAUUUUCAAUAUUUGCCUUUUCUUAUUUGUAUAUACUGCAGCCUUGUAUGGAAGAAAUGCCAAUUAUACUGCUGGCUCUGAAGUAGGCUUGGCUAAGUUGCAAGUCUAACUCUCUCUUGUGUGCAAGAACUGUAAACUCUUGUUUGAUGAGGUCUUACUGCAGCUUCAUAUUCU